GUUUUGACGCAAAUAUGAGCACUUGUCGCAAUCUCAAUGAGUCAGAUAUCGGCCUUCUUGCGGCUUCAAUAAUAUUAAUACAUCCUGCUUCGUUGAAGCUUUGUCAGAACUUGUUCGGUUCUCUCCUCAGGUCUUUCUAUCGUUAGUGCACAUCCUAUCCCAAGUAUAAGGGCAAACCAUGUCUCUAAAAGAAACGAAAAAACCGACCCUGUCGGGAACGGACCUGCUGCACGCAGAUGAGGACGUUCCCAAGGGUUUAGAAGUGUCGCCGUCCAUUUCUGUGACUACUACGUUCAGAGCACCGAGGCCAUGGUCUGAGAACGACGGACUGAAGGAUAUGGAUCCUUGGAACCCUGACAGGCAUGUAUAUUCACGCUAUACGCAGGACGUGAGUACGAGGGUGGAGAGGAUUCUGAGCAAGAUCAAUCAAGGUUAUGCUCUUACGUAUGCUUCAGGGUUGGCUUCUGCAUAUGCGGGACUGGUGUUCCUGAACCCGAAGCGUAUCGCUAUCACAGGAGGCUAUCAUGGAUGCCACAUGGUCAUCGAAAUGUACCAGCGCAGCCGGAAUGAAACUAUACCUCUCAUCGGCAUUGACGAUGAGUUCCAACCGGGUGAUGUCUGCUGGAUUGAAACUCCCGAGAAUCCAAAGGGAGAAUCUAAGAGUAUCCAAUAUUAUGCUGAUAGAAUCCAUGCCGUUGGAGGCAAACUCUUCGUUGACGCUACUUUUGGUCCACCUCCUUUGCAGUACCCCUUCAAAUGGGGUGCGGAUCUUAUCAUGCACAGCGGUACCAAGUACUUUGGUGGACACUCUGAUCUGCUCUGUGGUGUCUUGGUCACGAAGACGCGGGAGGAAUGGAACCAAAUAUGGUAUAUGCGCACAUUCUUGGGGUCAAUGAUGGGUUCUUUGGAAGCUUGGUUGCUUCUGCGCUCUCUGCGUACCCUCCAUCUUCGAGUCCCUCGUCAAUCAGAGACCGCGACUAAGCUUGCCCACUGGCUUCACAAGGCCUCCAAUGGUAAGGCCGCAGAAGGCAUACCUGCCGGACUCAUUGAUACUGUCUGGCAUUCAAGCUUGCAAGGUAAGGAUGCUAGAGGAUGGGAACCCAGCCAACAAAUGGAAGGUGGAUGGAAUGCAACCUUUGGAAUUCUGAUGACCAGCACAGAAUAUGCGUCUCUCCUCCCACACAAUCUCAAGUAUUUCAUCCCUGCUACCAGUCUUGGGGGUGUCGAAUCUUUGAUCGAACAGCGUGUUGCGUCUGACGCGGGCGCAGAUCCACGUCUCGUGCGUAUCAGCGUUGGCGUAGAAGACUUCGAGGACUUGAAGGCAGAUUUGACAAGGGCGUUCCAGGAGAUCUUGCAAGUUCGCGCAAAGUUGUAGACGAUAUCUUCAGAUUGAAAUGCUUCAUUUUGGGUUGACAGCAAGCUCGGAACACUGUAACGUUGGAUAUACGCAAUUCGUGGAAUAGAAACCGAUGCACGUGCUAAUAUAUGCGCACUGCUAACGAGGAUGGUGCUUCGAUGAUAUCACCAUAUGCGGACCAGAUAUCUGGCAUACAGUGAACUUCU